CCACUGCUAGCCACUAUCCAUCUAUGCUUAAAAUGCUUUAUGAUUCGAUUACGUUUUUAUAGGUAUCGUUAGAAACAAACAGUCAACUACUACUAUUAUUGUCACCAGUGUUACUCCAUACCUUCUCCUUCCCUCUCUCUGAUAUUAAACUACUCAUCAAUUUUCUGUUCUGCUUUUUCUAAAAUAAAGCUUACUUUUAGUAAUUAGAGUUAUAUAAGUAUUGACGUACGUAAUAACUUGUAUCAACAUCUUGUAAUGACCCAUUUAACACUAUUUCUUUAAAUAUUCACAUAAAUUUCUUGGUUAUAUAUUUAUCUCUCGAUCAUUCCUUUUUAGUUCUUUAGACAUCUAUACUUCAUUGAUUCCUCGUUGAAAGUUUAUCGAAGUUAGAGUAUGCAUAUAAAUACUGUCUUCUUUUGCGUAUAGUAACAUCUCAAAGGAUUUAUAUACUUUCAAGCAUUAAGAAAUCAUUAUGGCACAAAUUUCUUCAUAAAAUACAUUGCUUAGCUCUAAAUUUUACAAAGUUAUUUCUAACAUUUUCAGCUUGUGUGGUUAUCAUAAAAUAGAGAUACUUUAUUUAAUGAAAUACAUGUUUAGAACUGUUUUUAAAUUGUAGUUAAUAUGAAGUUGAUCAAAUUCUCAUUUGCUGAUUCACAUCUUGAGUAAAUCUGGAAAAAGAUGAGUUCUUGGUCGAUAAUUCUGUUUUAGUACGUAGCAUCGUCUAUAGAGAUCGUGGCUGUUAACUUGAUGUAGUGGCCUAGCCUGUAUAACAUUACGACCACAAUCCAGAUAUAGUGCCUGAAAUAUUCGCUCUUUUAAGUUGAUUGAAGAACAGUAAAAGGAAAAAACAACAAGCUCGUAGUCCAAGGGCGAAGUAGCAGAGCCAAUUAUACAGGCAUGUAAUGAAAGUUAAGUAUUUCCCUCAGGUAGCCUGCAUCCAGAGUCGUAUUGUACUCCUACAACUGUAGGAGAGGGCUUAAAAAAGGUUAAUCCUAAAAGUAACUCGUUCUUAUCUCACAGAUUUCCAUUUCUUUUAAUAAGACCCUAAAAGUACGGAGCUUAUUCAUAUAAAACUAUUUAAAAGAGACUGUGUGUGUGGUCCCAAGCAGCUGUUCUUUGGACACUAUUGUCAUCUCAGUUUUUGAAGAUCCGCUCUUAAGCUAGUUUCCUUUUCAGACAUUCUAUUUCUUUGUGGUGUGAUUGUUGUCACUGUAUGUUUUUUUAUUUAAAUUACUACAAUUGAUAGAUAUGGAAACAAAACACGAAUAUCAUUUUCUUAUUUAUUGGUUUAUAGUAAUAUGCCUAUAGAAGAAUUAUUUGUUCAAUCUAUUGAUGAACUUGCUAGUCAAAUUGAAUUAGCACAUCAAAAUGGGCGUCUUGUAUUCGUUUAUUUUUCUGGCUCAACUGAUAUGAACACUGGGGAUAGUUGGUCAGAGGAUUGUUGUAAAUGUGAAUCUAUUAUAGAAAGUAAGAUUGGAGUUGCUAAAGAUAAUGAUUUAUUUAUAAUGAUUGAAGUGGGCAAUGAAAAUGAGUGGAAUGAUUCUAAUAACAAAUUUCGAAUUCAUCCACUUUAUCAAGUUAAAGAGUUGCCUACAUUACUGUCAUUAUCAUCUUUAAAUGGACAAACACAUAUAGUUAAUCGUCUUGAAGGUAAAUCAUGCUUAAAUUCAACAAAUGUGCAAAAUUUACUUGAAGGCAAUUGAAAUGUUGUUGUUGUUUUAUCCAAUGAAAAAUAUUCAUUUAUCUGUCUUAAACUUGAACUACAACGGCAUUAUUUCUUGACUUCAUAUUUAUUGAAAAGGAAUUAUGAAAUUCUGCUUUCAUCAGAUGCAUUAUUACCACAACCGCUAUGUGUAUGUAUCGACAUAAUAUUCUGUUGUGUGAAUCAAGUCAGUUUACUCUCUUUUUUUUCAUUCCGCAUUUCUUGUGAUUGUAUAUUUUUGUUCUUGUUUUCGUGUGUGCGUUGUACUUGGUGGUAACGACGUAUCUCAACUUGGACCGAUGCAUAUAUAUAUGCCUGGUCCUACGUUGUAACUGACUGACUAACUGACUUGGUGAUAUUUCUUUUCAUAUCCUAUUUUUUUGUUAUUUUUCUGUGUUAAAUUAUCCUUGAGUUGUUGUUACUAUUAUUGUUUAUUUAUUUUUUAUUUAUCUUUUAUUAUUAUUAUUUGAACUUUGAAGUAUCGUUGUUUUACUAAUAUGUUAUUUACCGCCAAAUAUUUAUUAAUCAAUGUUAACAAAUAAACUUUAAAUAUGCUAAAAAGAAUAACUUUUUCCGGGGGGGGGUUCCAGGUGAGUUAUAGUUAAUGAUGAAAUCUAAGAUUAAUGUUUCAUUUUACUUGUGCCUUGUCAUCCUAGUGUUGAUAAUGUGUAUUGGAAUAUAAACUUAGCACCUUUCAUUUUAAACUUCAACGAGUUAUUCAUUUACCUGUUUGAGUUCAAAUAAUCACUAACUUGUUUACUGUUAAUUACAAAAUUUUCAUAGUUGAAAUCAUG